CUCUACAUUCCAACCAAUCGGAAGAAACGCGAACUUGCACAAAUUUAUCUUCUCAGCAAUGGUAAUGUCGCACCAAGCGGUGUUGCAAGAGUUGUGAGAUUCGAUGGAAGCUCUAGUGGUUAUGCUCUACCGCCCUGUUCAGCCGCCGUGGGAGGAUUUCAGGUGCAACAAGGUUUCAGUGGUGGGGGUUACAUGGGACCACAAUCACCUUCGAUGCCUAACGCACAACCGGUUGAUUUAUGCGCUAAAUGCCCAGCUGCAGGUGGAGGCGGUGCAGGGCAACUCUUGGGUCUCAUAACCGGACAACUUGACAUGAGCAAACUCAAUGACUUGUACCUCUCGAUUCAACUACUAAAUACUCAAGCAACCUCAAAUGACUUCAUAAUUGAUCUCAGUGGCGAAUUUAGUCCAAACGCUCAAGGAAGUACGGUAUUACCCAUGACACCAUUCGGAGCUUUCCCCGUCGCAUUCCCACCACAAUAUGACAAUCAUAUGGUCGAAAUCAUUCUUUCUGAUUAUACGAUCAACUCACUUUUAUACUGGUUACAUAGGUGA